GACACGAAUAAAGUUUGAAAUGAAAAUUGUUUUUGUAUUUUUAAUUUUGUCAAUUUUUAAGGGAACUGAUUCAAGUUUUGUCUACCCAGAUAGUCCAAUUUUGAAGACUUCAGCAAGUUCUAAAGAAUCCGAUGAUAAUGUUUUGUUAUCAGCAAAAAUGAAUUGCGAAUUUUUCUCGGAAGACGGAGAUUGUUUGGGAGAACUACAGGACGACACUUUGAGUCAAAGAUGUCUUUUCUCAACAUGCUCGUUUGGACACAAAACAGAUCAAUAUAAAAAAUGUCGUAAAGUACUUACAAAAGAAUUGGGAAUUGGAGAAUAAGGCAAAUUAUUAAGGGCUAAUUACUUUCAUGUGAAACUUGUCAUGCUUUUUAAGUUUUAAAAUUAAAUUGAGUAAAUUUUGUAAUUAAUUUUUGCAAAUCGACUAUAAAAUGCCUUGAAAAUUAAAAAAAAUCAAUUUAUUG